AUGGCUGAUAGUGGUAGUGGUAAUGGUGGUGGUAGUUGUAGUAGUGGUUGUGGAAGUGGUAGCGAUGGUGGUAGUAGUGGUGGUGGCGGAGGUAGUAGUAAUAGUGGUGAUGGUGGUAGUGGUAGUAGUGGUGGUGGUAGUAGUAGUAGUGGUUGUGGUGGUGUUAGUUGUAGUAGAAGUGGUGGUAGUGGAAGUAGUGGUAGUAGAAGUGGUGGUAGUGGAAGUAGUGGUAGUUGUGGUGGUAGUAGUAGUAGUGGUGGUGUGGUGGUAGUGGAAGUAGUGGUUGUGGUGGUAGUGGUGGUGUUAAUGGUAGUAGUGGUGGUUAAUGGUUGUGGUGAUGGUAGCGGUAGUAGUGGUGGUGUUAGUAGUGGUAGUGGUGGUAGUAAUGGUGGUGGUUGUAGUGGUAGUGCUAAUGGUUGUGGUGGUUGUAGCGGUAGUAGUAGUGGUGGUAAUGGUAGUAAUAGUAGUGGUGGUGGUAGUGGUAGUGGUGGUAAUGGUAGUAAUAGUAGUGGUGGUGGUAGUGGUAGUGGUGGUGGUAGUGGUGGUAGUAAUGGUGGUGGUUGUAGUGGUAGUACUAAUGGUUGUGGUGGUGGUAGCGGUAGUAAUAGUGGUGGUAAUGGUAGUAAUAGUAGUGGUGGUGGUAGUGGUAGUGGUGGUGUAGUGGUAGUUUGA